UUGGGAACCAUGACAGCAUCUCCGCCUGAACAGGAAAUUGAGAUGUACACGAUGCUCCGCCUUUGGGGGCUAAGUCAGCUUCGUCCAGCAAAAGAACUCCGACCGAUCUCAUUUGUCAAUGGGAGAUGACAGUGUAUGAAAGAGGCUUCGAUUGACACAGCACUGCCGUGCAAGCCGAUGCUGUAGGUCCAUUCUUCUUUGCCUUCUAUUCCCCUUGCGCCAACAUGAGACCGCCGACUCUCACUUCCAAGCUGCUGUCUGUAGCUUCACUGGCUGCACUCACGCACGCCGAGCUCGGCAAAAUCCAUUGGAGAGGACCUUGCAACUUAACCAAUGAGACAUAUAUGAGCGAGAGCGGACCGUUGAUCUGUGGAACACUAGAAGUGCCGUUGGACUACACCGACUCGAGCUCCAACAAGACACUGACCCUCGAUCUGGCCAAGUGGCCAGCGACCAAGCAACCGGUCGCCGAGCCGAUUAUCUUCAACUUUGGCGGGCCGGGUGAGAAUUCGUUCGAGGGUCUUGGGUUAUAUGGCGAGGAAUUCCAAGCUAUCCUCGGGGGACAUAAUGACUUGAUAGCCUUUAACCCUCGCGGCGUUGGAAACACCCUUCCGUUUUCGUGCUAUAGCGAUUCUACCUCCCGGGAGCUUGUCUCGCUGCAAGCUCCCGGGGACGGCAGAGCGUCCAACACAGCUUUAGGAGAAAUCUGGGCUCAGAGCGCGAAUAUCGCGCAAGCAUGCUAUGCCCUCAACAACCAGACUGGAAGUCUCAUCGGAACCAGCUUUGCGGCGCGGGACACGAUGCAGGUCGUUGAUGCGCUCAAGGGAAAGGAUGCACUGCUGAACUUCUGGGGAUUCUCAUACGGCACGACGGUUGGCGCUGUAAUUGCAGCCAUGUUCCCGGAGCGAAUGGGAUUUGUCGCACUUGACGGAGUCGAUAAUCCGGCCGAGGUUCUCAAUGGAUACAACGCGCAGAAAGUCGUGGAUGUCGACAAGGUCCUGGAGGGCUUCUGCACAGGCUGCAUGGCCGCCCCCGACCUCUGCCCUCUCGCAAACUACUACAGCAACGCCGCCAAUCUCGAAGCCGCGAUCUACAUGAUGCUUGAAACGCUCAAAGCCAACCCGAUCGCCAUUCCCGAAAUCGGUGGAGUCGUGACGUACAGCGACAUCAAAUCCACCAUCUACAACGCGCUCUACCUCCCCAGCUCCUGGCCCGAGACCUCCGAGCUCAUUCUCUACGUCCAAGCCCGGAACACCACAAUCCUCGGCAAUGCCGAGGUAUACGCGACGCUCAAGUCCUACGGCGAGUCCGCGUCGUUAGUCUCAUCCGCCAAGGAGGCCGGCACCGGGGUCACCUGUUCCGACAGGGCCCGCAGCGCCAGCAUGGAGGACCUACUCCCGUACAUCCGCGCCAGUGAAACCCUGAGCCAGAUCGCCAGCGAUAAUGCCAAUGGUGACAUGACCUGCGCCCAGUGGAACAAGAACAUGUAUGCCAAGGAGCGCUACACCGGCGACUUCGAUGUCAAGACCGCGCACCCGGUGUUGAUUCUCAGCAACACCUUCGAUCCGAUUACUCCACUUGCCGCCGCGAAGAACCUAACCGCGACUUUUGAGGGCAGUGUUUUGCUCGAGCAGAAUGGAUACGGGCAUACAACAUUGUCCAUGCCAUCUCUGUGUACAGCCAAGGCCGUCCGGGCUUACUUUGCCAAUGGCACCCUGCCCGCCGAGGGAACGAUCUGUCAAACGGACGUGCCGCUGUUCACGAACCUGACGUAUGCGGAUGUGUGGCCGAAGAGUUUCCAACGGAGUGUUGAGUCCAGGGAUGAUGCGAGUAUCCUGAGGGCGUUGAUGUCGGUGCGCGAGAAGAUGUCUCGACGCCGUCGGUGA